AUGAGUAAUCUUGUUGCUCAAGUAUUUCAUAUAGCUAUCUAUAUACAACCUAUUCAUUUUGUCCUCGCUAUUAUUACAAAUAUACUUAAUAUUAGUGUAUUAUAUUCUCAUACUCUUCGUAAAUCACCAUGUACUUAUUAUUUUCUUGCUUAUGCAGUUUUUAGUAUUAUCUAUAGUUGUUUAUUAUGUCCAACACAAAUCUUACGUAGUUUUUCUAUUAAUUGGAUAAAUGGAGUAUUUAACUGUAAGAUUAGUACUUAUCUUCUAUAUCUAAUUCCAUUUCAAGCAAAUCUUAUGCUUAAUUUAGCUUCAUUUGAUCGUUAUUGUUCUAGUUCACAAUCUUAUGCACGACGUUCUCUAUCCGCUCGACGAAAAGUCAAUAUAAUCAUCAUUAUAAGUACCAUUCUAUUAUCUUUAUAUAUGUUACCAAUGAUAUUUAUUUAUAAUUGGGAUGUAACAAACAGUAUCUGUGUAGUUAAAUCUAAUAUAUUGAUUAGUAUUUAUCUUUUUAGUCAAAUUAGUUUAUAUUAUAUUUUAUCACCUUUAUUAUUGAUUGUAUUCGGGUUUUUGACUAUAUCUAAUAUUCGUCAACAGACAGCUCGAAUAGCACCUUCUCGUACAGUUAGACAUGGUCGUCGUACUGAAAAGCAAUUAGCUCGAAUGUUACUACUUCAAGUUAGUGUUCAUCUCAUUUUUGCAUUACCAUUCGGUGUUACUUAUACUAUAAAUUCUUUUCAACCAUCUACACAAACAUUAACUAUAAUUGGUUUACGUUUAAUUUUUGUAAUGUGGCAACAAUGUGAUUAUUUUGUUUCGUUUUUUCUUUAUAUCUUUUCUGGAAGUAUUUAUCGUCGGCAAUCAAUACGACUUCUUAAAUCCAUCUUAUGUUUAAAUAUUUUCUCUUCGACUUGA